GUGCAUUGUGGGAGGGGAAGCUGCGGCGGCGCGGAGUGAGGGGCUCAUGGCGGCCAUAGGUGUUCAUUUGGGUUGCACCUGCGCCUCCGUGGCCGUGUAUAAGGAUGGCCGUGCAGAUGUGGUUGCCAAUGAUGCAGGUGAUAGAGUCACGCCAGCUGUUGUUGCUUACUCAAAAAAUGAAGAGGUUGUUGGUUUGGCAGCAAAACAAAGUAGAGUGAGAAAUAUUGCAAAUACAGUAGUGAAAGUAAAGCAGAUUCUUGGGAGAAGCCCUGGUGACCCACAAGCUGAGAAAUAUAUUGCAGAAAGCAAAUGUCCAGUCACUGAGAAGAAUGGAAAACUCCAGUAUGAAAUAGAUAACAAACUAGUUUGCCCAGAAGAAGUUGCAAAACUCAUAUUCAGUAAAAUGAAAGAAACUGCUCAGUCUGCUUUGGGUUCCGAUGCCAAUGAUGUGGUUAUUACUGUACCAUUUGAGUUUGGAGAGAACCAGAAACAUGCCCUUGGGCAAGCAGCUGGAGCAGCUGGAUUUAAUGUUCUGAGAUUAAUUCAUGAGCCAUCUGCAGCUCUCUUGGCAUAUGGAAUUGGACAAGAUUCACCCACUGGGAAAAGCAAUGUGUUGGUUUUUAAGCUUGGAGGAACAUCGCUCUCUGUGACAGUUAUAGAAGUAAAUAGUGGAAUAUAUCGUGUUCUUGCCACAAACACAGAUGAUAGUAUAGGUGGUGUCUGUUUCACAGAAGCCUUAGCACAACAUUUAGCUUCUGAAUUUCAGAGAUCUUAUAAACAUGAUAUAAGAGGAAAUUCCAGAGCUAUGAUGAAGCUAAUGAACAGCGCUGAUGUUGCAAAGCACUCUUUGUCAACUUUGGGAAGUUCAAACUGUUUUGUAGACUCAUUAUAUGAUGGUCUGGAUUUUGAUUGUAAUGUGUCCAGGGCCAGAUUUGAACUGAUUUGUUCUCCACUUUUUAAUAAAUGUGUAGAAGCAAUUAAAAAACUCUUGCAACAAGUUGGAUUUAUAGCAGAUGACAUUAACAAGGUGGUUCUAUGUGGUGGGUCUGCUCGAAUCCCAAAGCUACAACAGCUGAUUAAAGACCUUUUCCCAGCUGUGGAGUUGCUGAAUUCUAUCACACCAGAUGAGGUCAUUCCCAUUGGGGCAGCCACAGAAGCAGGGAUCCUAGUAGGGAAAGAGAACCUCUCAUUAGAGGAGGAGGCACUAUCUAUUGAGUGUUCUACCAAAGAUAUUCUAGUUAAGGGUGUAGAUGAAUCGGGGACUGACAAAUUCACAGUGCUGUUUCCAUCGGGAACUCCCUUGCCAGCACGAAGGCAGCACAUGCUACUUGCCCCAGGAAAUAAUUCCUCUGUAUGUCUUGAACUGUAUGAGUCUCAAGGGAAAAGUCCUGCAAAAGAGGAAGGCAAAUUUGCACAGAUUGUACUCCAGGAGUUAGAUAAAAAGGAAGGUUUUGAGAGUAGCUGAAGUUACAAGUGUAAC